GGAAGCAACGCAAAGCAGCAACAUCACGAAAAAUGGCGACCUACGUAGUGGUGAAGAAAACCUCGCUGGCCUUAUAAAUCGGAACCGCUCAGUUACCGUGCGUGGGUGAUUACCGUGCAAUACUGCACCUCAAUUCAGCGGGAUUGGUCAUCGCUCAUCGGUUAGGUAGAAAAGUUUGUGUGUACUGCAUUGCUGCUGCAAACCCCUGUUCAUUGAUGUCCCGUGCACAGUGGAUUCCCUGGGCUGCUGCAACCUGUUUUUGUUGCUAGGUUGCAUUUUUCAUUUUCCCUUGACCGUGUACGCUUUUGCCUCGAACAAAACGGGUUUGUCGCGAAACGGCAGCAUUACUCCAUUACUCAUGAUCUAGUGUACCUAGCCCCCAUUCAUCUGCCGUGGUAACUAACGGAUUCCUGCGUUCCCUAAGGGCUGCAUUUCGAAGCGACAAUUUGAUAAACAAACAGUAUUUAACCGCAUCUCGUAAAAAGGAGAGAAGGCGCUAAUAUAGAAUCACAAUGUCACGUGCCAAAUCGCGCAUACAGACGGAUGUUUGUGGGGACUGUGGUAGUGCGGAUCCGUCCUGGGCAUCGAUCAACCGUGGCAUACUGCUCUGUGCCGACUGCUGUUCGAUCCACCGCAGCUUGGGGAGGCACAUAUCGCAGGUGAAAUCCCUGCGGCAAGGUAGUUGGCAACCGUCCGUGCUGAACUUUGUCAACCAGCUUAAUGCACACGGUGCCAACAGUGUAUGGGAACAUUUGCUGCUCGAUUCGGCAGCACCGAAGAACCUGAAGCGUAAACCUACACCCAAGGAUGCUGUCCAUCCAACGAAGGCGGACUUUAUCCGCGCAAAGCACGUCUUGCUGGCAUACGUGCUGAAGCCCACAUUUCAGGUGGAAGAAGGAAGCAGUUUGGAGUUGGAACUAAGCAAACAGCUGCACGCCAGUGUGCGGGCCGGGAACUUGGAAACUUCCUUGCGAUUGCUUGUCCAGGGAGCGGAUCCUAAUUUCUAUCACGAAGAUAAAGGUUCUACGCCGCUGCAUGUGGCGGUCAAGUCGGGCCAACUGUCCCAGAUCGAAUUGUUGCUCGUGUACGGUGCUGAUGUUAAUGCACUAGAUGCGCAAGGAAAUACUCCGCUCGAGUUGGCCAGACAGGCGAAACAUAGCGUCAUCGCGGAACGUUUGCUUGAAGUCAUGUACGAGGUGACCGACCGACUGACAUUCUUUCUAAUUGGCAAAAAACCAAACCAUGCAUCUGGACAGCAUCUACUAAUUCCUGGCCAGUCUAAAAAGGAAAUGAGCGAACAGCUGAAGAUUGCCCGCGGAAAGUUACAGCUUGUCCCGAACCGCAUGUUUGAAGAGCUGGUGAUGGAUCUGUACGAUGAGGUGGAUCGCCGCGAGACAGAAGCAAUUUGGGUUACGAGCGCCCUAAACCCGGACUCUGGUGCCGUACCGUUUCUUCCUACCAAUCCUCAUCUUAGUGCCACAAGAAAUCAGGGACGUCAAAAGCUGGCACGAUUCAGUCAGCAAGAGUUCGCCGGAUUGCUAAUGGACGUACUGCUCGAUGCCCACCGGCGUCAGAAUAUGGCCAAUUUGCGUCCCAUCGAUGGACCGCUACCAGUAGGGUUGGCACAGCUAAAGGCGGCCGCCCUCGUUCCCGGUGGCACCGGUGGUGGAAUCCGCGAUUCAAAUCUCUCCGACGACGAGCCACUGUACGAUGCGGUUGCGUCCGACGAUGAUUAUGCUGCGUUGGCGCCCGUAGCGCAACAGGCACUAGUAAACAAAUCCUCCCCGGCGGCCGUUUCCAACGUGGAGGUGGAAACGUUGCGCCAACGAAUACAGGACCAAGAGCUGACUAUACACGAGCUGCGUAGCAUGAUACAAAAGCUGGCCUCGGAAAAUAAUCAGCUAAAAUCGACGAUUGACACGAAGGACCAUGAGGUGCAACUCCGGAUUGAUUCCCAUCUAAAUGGUUCCGGUGCGAGCGAAGGUUCACCGGAGCGGGAUCCCACCACUCAGGAGGCAAAACAGGCAGCUGCAGCAGCCGCUGCAUACGCGAAACGACCCGUCAGUAUGUACGAAACGCGACAAACGCCACGCGAUGAAAGUCGACCACCGAUUACGCAGAGCCUCUACUCAAUGGCACCCGCUUCCGCUAGUGGCAAUAUGGCCAUUGACACUACCAUACCUAGCAAUGGCGGCAGCCCAUUACCCUCGUUCGAGGAGGUCAAACGCCGCACGGAUGUAGUGGCCCGGCGCAUUAAGGAUUUGUUCGCCGCCAUGAAGGAUCUGUCACAGCGGGAAGCAUUUGUACCGAGCGCGGAACGCAUCCGACUAGCCGUGAUAGACCUGAUGGCGCUAUUUCCCGCAUCUCUCAUUGCCAGCGAUUCGCUGCGUGGUGCCCUACAGCAGCUUAACUUCCACGGAAACCUGAUCCAAGCGGAAUGUGCCCGACUGCAGCAAUGUUUAGCGGCAGAAAGUGCAGCGGGUGGAGGCGCGUUACCGAACGGUGGCCCAGCCGGUACCGGUAAACCAUUGGCCGAAAGUAUUCAGCAAAGCAUGGAGCAGGUGCGUGGUUGCGCAUAUGAUCUAGCAAUGUCGACGAAAAUUCUCAUCACUCACCUGCAGCAGUCUUAAUUUGGGGGACACUAAAAGAUGGACAAUUUCUUUUCAUUAACUAUCAUAAAUCGGUUUUAGAUUUUUCUACCCAUUUUUUUUCGAUUAAAAAUUUACGAACAAAACAAAACUCAUGAAAAAUUUCUUAUUCGUGGCAGUUACGCCAAAAAGCGUGUUUAGAAAACUCGGCAGCUAGAAGCCAUCUUAACCCAGUGGAAACAAACCUUGCCCUUAUGCCCAGCUCGUUCACGUUUAAAGUCAAUCCAUACAGUAUUCGUAAUCAAUCAAAGCUUUCACCCUUGAAAAAGAGAAUUUCGAACAACAUUUCACCGGGGAAUGUAGCAUCGAAAUGCUUUCUUUGCAAUAUUUUAUUUCAUACACUUAUACAACAGAUAUCUUUCCCAAAAGUGCCAAAAACACACCCAGCACAACAACAUAACGUAAACCUUAUUGUUGUGUAUCAUCCUCGGGGUGAUGCCAUAUGCAAUACUUGUCUAGUAGAGCAGAGAUGCAUAAUAUUAAUCACAGUUAAUGUAUUUGUGUAACACAACACUUGACCAAUAUGCCCAUAGUUUAAAAAAAAGCUUUUUUAAAGAUGCAUUACUUCUACAACGAACCGUUUACCAGAAAACAUGGCCUAAUGCCCAACACGUUUUUUUAGGCAUCGGUUAGUUAUUGAACGAGAUUUUAUAAUUAUAUUGUAAUACUUUUUCGAACACUUAUACCCAGUAUGACAAUAACGUGUAUUGACACAAAUCGUAGUCUUUCCUUUACCAGUUGUAUUGAUAACUAAAGAUGAAAAAAAAAACAAUUGUAAAGAAGCUCAAAGGUUUGAUAAACGUAUUUGUUUUUUGUUUUAUAACAUAGAUGCAAUUAUAUACAAGCGUAUUGAAUGUAUUUCUACGACUCGAAAACUCCGAACAAGGAACAAUAAUAUUACACAGUAGAAGUAUUUAUCAGCUAUUGCAAUUUAUACGAAUGCCUAAUCUAUAAUGAUGUUAAUAAAAAAGCGAACGAUUAAAACAGGGUUGUACCUG